AAAAUAAAAUAUCCUAAAAUAUAAUAUUCUAUAUAGUAUUAAAUUAUAUAUUUUAUUUAUUUUUUUAAUUAGUACUAUUUAUAUAUAUAAAUUAUAUAUUUAAAGUAGUAACAACAUUAAAUAUCACACAUACCAAUAAUAAAAUUAAUUAAAUAUAUUAUUUUUUUUUUCUAUCAGAAAAAUAAUAUACUAGUUUUUUAUUUUAUUUCUUAAAAACUUUUAAACUAUAUAAAAUAUAUAAAAAAAAAUGGGUUGUUCACCAUCAAAAGAAGGUAGUGGAUCAUUUACAACAACUUCCUCAGCAUCGCUUCAUGGAAGUGAGUCUCAUCCAGAAUAUGAUAUGCUUUUAAAGAUUUUAGUCAUUGGUGAUUCAGGUGUUGGUAAAAGUUGUAUGCUUUUACGUUUUGCCGAUAAUCGUUUUACUGAUAGUUAUAUUUCAACCAUUGGUGUCGAUUUUUGUAUUAGAACUAUCGAAUUGGAUGGAAAGAAAAUUAAAUUACAAAUUUGGGAUACUGCCGGUCAAGAAAGAUUUAAAACUAUUACAACUUCAUACUAUAGAGGCGCUCAUGGUUUAAUUAUUGUAUACGAUAUAACUUCUAUGGAUUCAUUCAACAGUAUAAAGAGAUGGUUAAUUGAUGUCGAUAGAUUUGCCUCCCCAUCUGUUUUAAAACUUAUUGUUGGUAAUAAAUGUGAUCUUAAAGAUAAAAGAAAUGUUGAUUUUAAAGUUGCAAAGAAAUUUGCGGAUGAAUUAAAUAUUCCAAUUAUGGAAACCAGCGCCAAAGAAUCAACUGCAAUUGAUGAUGCUUUUAUAAAAUUAGCCUCUGAUAUUAAAAAAAGUGUACCCCAAAAACAAUAA